GGGACCCCGACGGGGGCGAGCCCGGAGGGGAGCUCAGGUAAGGCCCGCGGGAGGGGGAGGAGCGGCGGCGGCCGGGGAAGGCCCGAGGUAGGGAGAGCCCCCGCCAUGGUGGGGGCUGGGGUGAGGAGCCGGUGAAGGCGGCAGCCGCCCCCCUCGCUCUCCGGUCCAUGGUGCUGCCCCCCUGCCCCAUGGCGGAGUUCGUGGUGCCGCGGCACAGCGCGGUGAUGGAGCGGCUCCGCCGGCGCAUCGAGCUCUGCCGGCGGCACCACAGCGCCUGCGAGUCCCGCUACCAGGCCGUGUCCCCGGAGCGCCUGGAGCUGGAGCGCCAGCAAACCUUCGCCCUGCACCAGCGCUGCCUGCAGGCCAAGGCUAAGCGAGCCGGCAAGCACCGGCAGCCGCCCCCGGCGCCGCCGCCGCCCGCACCCCCUCCGUCGGCCGCCGCCGUCGCGGGAAGCGCCGACAGGACCGGAGCCAACGGCCUGGAUGCCGAGACGGCGAGUGGCGAGCAGCACGGCCGCAGCAGCACGUUGAUCGCGCAGCUCCAUGAGACUGUGAAAAGAAAGCUUGAUAGUGCUACUUCCCCUCAGAAUGGAGACCAGCAGAAUGGCUAUAGCGAUGUAUUUUCUGUGUCCAAGAAACUGCGUCAUGACGAUGGUCAUGGUGGAGUGAGCAGCUCUUCCAAUGGAAUGCCCCCUGUGUCUCCACUCCACAAGAAAUCUGGCAGCGGGGAUACCUUACAGCUUAAUGGAAAACACCCAAUGGGGCUGGAUGGCAUCAGCAAGAAAUGUCUUCCAGAUUCCAGCCUGCAAAUGAAUGGAGGUGGUGAUACUGAUGACUCAUUUCCUCUGAGUUUGAACAAGGAGCUGAAGCAGGAGCCUGUAGAUGAUCUUCCAUGUGUGAUUGCUGGAGCAGCGGGUUCUAUGUCUCAGAAUAACUUGAUGCCGGAUCUUAAUCUUAACGAGCAAGAAUGGAAGGAACUUAUUGAGGAGCUUAAUAGAUCGGUGCCUGAUGAAGACAUGAAGGAUCUCUUUAAUGAAGACUUUGAAGAGAAAAAAGAUGCAGAUUCUACAAAUUCAGCUGCACAGACUCCAUUGCCACAAGAUAUUAACAUAAAGACUGAGUUUUCCCCAGCACCCUUUGAACAGGAACAGAUGGGAUCUCCCCAGGUGCGAUCCACUUCAUCAGGUCCACAAUUCAUUGGUGCUGCUUCUGUACCUGUAAGUGCCGCUUCUCCAGCGGUUGGUAGUUCUCAGGCUAUGUUUCAGCCUUCCAGUCAGUCAAUGACUGAAAAUCCUAAUCAGCCUAUGAUGCAGGCAUCAAACCACUCUCAAAACGUCCAGAGGCCUCUCCCCAAUGUGUUGUUACCUGGGAAGGGUGCAGGAAGUGCCAAAGAAAUGUCUUCUGCUCAUCAACUUCAGCAGAUUGCUGCCAAGCAGAAGAGAGACCAGAUGUUGCAGAACCAGCAGCAAGCUUCACAAGUCCACCAAACCAGUCAGAUGUCUAGUUGGCAGCAGUCGGGGCCUUCUCAUAGUCCACUGGCUGUCCCAUAUACCAUGGAAAAUCCCACCAGCCCGUCGGUUUACCAGGCAGACUUCAACAGUCAGAAACUCAUGAUGCCUAACAUGGGAAAUAAAAGCUCACCGAGAGCUGGAGGCAAUUACCAUGUGAACAUUUUGGGUCAUCAGCAAAACAGCUUAAACCAGAACCCUGUGAAUAGUCAAGGCUCUAUGCUAGACUAUGGGAACACCAAACCUCUCUCACAUUACAAAGCAGAAUGUGAACAGGGGGUUACAGUACCUGGUCAGAACAAGACUCCCAUGUUGACGUACAUACAGCAGCGCCAGCAGCCACCGCUGUCUCACGUGAACGAUGACCAAAAUGGGAUGAUCCUGUUAAAACCCAAGGCUGGAAACAUUCCCUACCGACUACCACACAGUCAGGAUCAAACCCCUUCUCCUAACGUUCCUCGAGUUCCUGUUUCUGUCCCGGGCCCUGGUGUGGGUGCCCAGGCUCCCAAUGUCUCCAUGGCAGGUAACCACAGCAACUCACCUUAUCUCAGCAACCAGCAGCAAGCAGCAGUGAUUAAGCAGCACCAAAUGCUGAUGGACCAGCAGAAGCAGAGAGAGCAGCAACAAAAGCACUUGCUCAUGGAGCAGCAGAAACAGCAAUUCCUAAUGGAGCAAAGACAGCAACAUCUUCUGGCUGAGCAGGAGAAACAGCGGCAGCAACAAGAGCAGCAGCUGCAGCGGCAUCUGACUCGACCCCCUCCCCAAUAUCAGGAUCAGGCACAGAAUCCAUACCAGCAGCAGGUUGGACAGUUCACAGGGUCAUCUUCAGCCAUGCCUGGGGUCAGUAACUUAGGACAGUCCAACUCCAGUAGUCCACGGAUGUUUCCUCAGACCCAGAACAUGAUUCAGAUGGGACCUGGACACAGUUCUGUUCCUGCACUCCAGUCAGGCUCCAGUCAGCAGGAUCGGGGGGUGACUCAGUAUCCCAAUAUGCAAAACAUUCAGCGAGGAGGAUUGUACAACUUGGCGCCUGGUAUGACCCAGAUGGUUCCCCAGCACACGGCUCCGAGUGCCAACGGGCAGCCACCUAUGCAGAGACAGGGCAGCCUGGGCCAGGGUGCUGCCGUCGCCGCUGGCUAUGGGCAGAAUGCCUUAGCAAACUCAAGUAUUUCUCAGCAGCACAAUAAAGGUGCACUGAAUCCAACCUUAUCGAAGCCACAGAUGGCAAGAGUACCAGCUGCUAUGGCGGCUCAAAAUCCAUCUUGGCAACACCAAGGUAUCCCUAAUAUCAACAACCAGACGCAAGCAAACAGCGGCUUAGGACCGUUUACUGCCAGCUCCUCUUUCCACAUGCAGCCAACUCAUCUAAAGAUGGCCAACCAGCAGUUUGCCCAAGGAAUGCCUCAGGUAAGCCUAAGCACCAGCAGGCCGAUGACCUCUCUGAAUGCACCUGUCUCUGGGCAGAUGCUGUCGUCGUCUUUAGGUGCGCAGCAGCGGACAAACCCACCCACGCAACAGCAGGUACCCUCACAGCAAGUUUUGCCUGGCAUGAACCAGACUGUUCCAGAUCUGAAUGCUUUCAACCAGAAUCCAAAUCAGCAACUGCCCAACAGAGGUAAUCUGCACUGUAGUCAAGGGUACCCAGUGAGGACAACCAGUCAAGAGCUGCCUUUUGCCUACAGUGGCCAGUCGGGCAAUAAUGGACUUCAGAACUUAACUGGUGACACAGACCUGAUAGACUCUUUGCUGAAAAACAGGACUUCAGAGGAGUGGAUGAAUGAUUUGGAUGAGUUGUUAGGAACCCAUUAGAAUGGGGCCAGGGGCAGGGGUUCUACUUUUUUAAUUAUUUCAUGAAAUGUAAGCAACACUUGGACCAAAAAACCUGUGGCAUUGAGGAGACUUGCAGGCAUUAGAGGUGAACGGUUGGGAAAGGGACUGGAGCUGCUUCUCGGUGAGUGCUGCCACACGGCAGGGUGCAGCAGAAGGCUCUGCGGGGGCAGCGCGCGGCAUCGCCGCCGCUCUCGGGAGUCGCACACUUCAACAGGUCAAAAGCCCCCUUGUGUGUCUCCUGGCCAGCCUUUCAGAAACCUCACUUGCAGUGUUCUAAAAGUAACGUGUAUUUUAAAAAAUUAUUUAAGAAAAAAACAAAAUUCCACAGAAGUAGUGCAGAAAGAAAGCAAAUAGUUGCACACGUAGUGUGUAGGACUUAGUCUCCUGCGGCUGUUAAUUGCAAUCGUUAUUUGUUCAUAGCUUGACAUGCUAUUACAGUGCUGUCCGUCAGGCUCUGCCUCUCUGAGGAGAGGAGGACGCUUGCAAAAUGUUUUGGAUUGUUACUUUUCCCCAUUGCUAAAGCAUGUGCCUGUACUCCCCGUAAGCAAUUGAUACUUCACGGUAAAUAUUUCUAGAUGCUGGUAAUAGAUGAAAGAAAGUAUUAAAACCUGGCCAGUUAGUCUAGGUAGUCGUCUUAAUAGAUUGUAGUCUUCUAAGCUGCAGUUUGCACUCUGUUGUAGAGAGGCACAGUUUUUGGCUUAUACCUUGCUGUGUUUAAAGGGGGAGUUUCUUAUGGGAGAACUUUUUAAACUGUAGUAGGUUUAACAUGAAUUGUAAAGCCAUUUACUUUGCACCUAUUUCUUCAUAACUUAUUUCCAAAGGUAGUUGUAUUUAAAUGAAGGCUUUGCUUCAUGACAGCUCAUCUAGGUUUUUUUGUUGUAAAAAGUAAAACUAACUUCUGAGAUCAGUUCAUUCCCCAAAGUUAGCAGCGAUGAAAUGAGCACAAGACUUUGUCACUUCAGGGUAAAAAUGAGGAAGAAAAGUAAUUUGUCUGAGAGGUGACAAGUCCUUAUCAGCAAUAAUAGCACAGGCAGCCUGGGACAGGGCUUGUGUCAGGGUUGCUCCACCAUGGAAAUCUCCCCCUUUAAGUACUUUUAAAAAAAACAAAAUAAAUGUGGGUUCCAAGUUUGAUAAUCGUUCUAUAAACUGGUGGAUUUACUUCUUUAAUAGCCCUUGAAGCAGAUGCUGGUUCUUCAGCUCAGCCCAAGGAAACCUCUUACCCGUACGUUAGGGUCAGUCCCAGAAAGGACAAAAACCACAACGGGAACAGUCAGUGUUCCAAAACCCUUACUUUCUACCAAAAAAUCCCCUGUCCACCAAGAAGCCACCUUGCCUUAACCUUUGUUUUAAAAUGAAAAUAAAGUUGAAAAGCUUUUGUUUUAAAUGCACAAAUACCUCUUUCCCUUUUAAAUCCACUUUUUUUGGAAGACUCUUUAAAACUUUCUAAUUAAACCCAGCAUUGCGAUUCAAAAGCAAUUUCCUUCAGCACAGACUGGCUGCUUUGGGAGUUUUCUGCACUGCAGAGACAUGCAGGAGAGAGGGUUUCUCCCAGAGCAAGUGAAGGGAAGCGAAGGAUAACAUUGAUUUCAAAGAAGGAAAAUAUUUUACUGUAUCUGCAGCUCCUUUAUGAGACAAUUUGCACUUUUAAAAACUGCUUUUUAACACUAAUACUUUAACCCUUUCCAAAUAUGCAUGGAACAUGGUUUGUCCAGCACACUUAGCUAGUGUGGAUGAAUUACGCUCUGUUGAACAGGUUGAAUAUUGUAUCACGUUGAACUGUUGGUGAAAGAUGUGCAUUGAACGAUGGAUCCCACCGUGGAAUAGUGGAUAAAACUUCACUGAAGCAGGCUUAAUCCCUCGUAGAGCUUUUGAAAGGAUAACAUAAAGGUUGUCUUUGGAUAGGAAGACAAAGGUGUUAGUGACUUUGGUUGUUGACCCUUCUGAUAUUUUCUAGAAUAAGUAGUUGAGAUGCAAAUAACUGAUGCUAGCUUUUCUUAUACUGGCAAUCUAAGAAAAGAGCUGGUGAGUUUGGUUUGCUAUGAGGUUAAACCAAAAACUGGUCCAAGGUCAGUGUCAUUAGAAGAGUCUAGAUAUAAACUAGCAAUGGCAGGGGAAGGAAUGUUUGCUGUCAUUUUAUUUUUUAAGGGUUAACUUUGCACCAGUGUGCCUUCCCUUCCCGUCAGGGGUGCUUGGGACCUCAUAAUUUCAAGUGACAUGCUUCAAUGUCACUGGUUUUGUUUCCCCCUUACAAACACUUGAGAGAUAACAGGGUAGUAGGAUUCAGCUUUUCUUUCUUCCCUGUUUAAUUGUGGUGAAAUCUGCUACCUUUUCCAGUAGAUUUUGCACACAGGUUAUUCUGAAUAAGUUAAAAUACAAUCCAUCCAGUUGUGAUUUCUUAAAUGGAGGAAAAUAACAUCUGCUGUUUGCAUUACUACUACCAAAAAGUCAAUCCAGCUACACGUCCGGGAAAAUGCAGAUGUGCUCUUUCCUCCGCUGUUUCUGGAAGCAAAGGUGGAUAUUGCCCGGCUUGACCAGCGGGUUUGUUCAGGAAGGCAACUGGGUUUGAUGACAGGGCCUUUUCAUGGUACUGUUGAAGUAAAAUUAAGGAUGAUUCUAGGCAAAGUGGCGUACAGAGCCCACUGGUCUUCCUAUGUGAGCAGGAUCCCAACAGCGUUUAACCCGAGAGAAACAACCAGCCUCCGCUUGCGGGUCUGGUCCCUGUCAACACAAUGUGAUGAGGCUGUUGGAAACAGGGUGUCACUGCCACAGAGCUGAAACAGUUCGAAGGGAAUGAAAGUAACGGUUUUGAUGGACAUUGGUGCAUGGGCAGGGCUGGGCUCUGCCUGCAGGCCCUCAAACAUGUAGCUGUCUGUAUAUGCACUUGGGCUUUCCAUUUGCUGCAGCUUCAGAGCAAUAAAACAUAUCUCCCCUGAACUGCACCUGGCCAGCCGCCCAUGGCUUUAUUUAUAAACUGCGGUCUUGGUUGGGCAGGAAAGGAGAGAGAGAGAGAGUCACUGUGCAACAUCCACUGCCUUCCAAAAACCACCAUUCAAUUGAAAAGGGUGCUCAAAAAUGUUGUGAUACACAUUUCCUUUGUGUAAAUAAAUGUUUACAAUUUUAUAUUAAAGAUUUGAAUAAGAGUUAGAUCUUCUGACUGUAUAUUUUUUACUUUUUAUAGAUUUUAAAACUAUAAUUCUUUAUAUAUGUGUUUGGGGGGUAUUAUGGUAAGUUUUAUGCUUGUAAAUGGAGAACAGUUGAAUUUGAUGCUAACCUUUAUGAAUUUUUGUCAUUGAAAUGUAUAAAGAGUCCAUUAAUCCCCUUAUUCUUUUACUACAAUUUCUGGUGCACACCAAAAAGAAAUCCUUCACUUCUGUUUUAUCCUUAUAAAAUAAAUAUUUUGCUAGUGUAUUAAA